AUGGCUGGCUUUAUUGAAGGCAUCGGCGAUGAGGUCAUUUGGUUUCUGAUAGCAAUAAUUGUUAUCGUAUUAAUAUCACUAGCUUGGAUUAGUACUGGCAUACCACCAAUUGAUUAUUAUGUAUGGCUCGUUCAAAUGCAAAUUCAUCCCAACAGAAGAAUCGUUCAGGUGUUACAAGUGGAUAAUCAAGAAGUCAACUUAUUUCGGGAUCGUGCGGAAAGACCUUUUGGUGCGGUCACAGAACAAGCACUUGAAGCUUUAAUGGACAGUGCUGUAAUGGAACAAAGUAAUACUUCCCAGGAGAUAGUAUUGCCUCAGGCAGUGGAAAUGGCGCAAGUUCAAACAAGUGAAGACACUCCGUUACAUGCGCAAGAAAUAUCGCAAGCAGAACAGCCGAUCAGUUUAGCAGAAAACACAGAAAACUUAUUGCAUGCAACUUAUAUUGAGACGGAAACUGGUAAUUGGCAACAAGAUUCAGAUCUUUCAAUUUCAUCUUCAGUAAGUUCAACUAUCUACUGGGCAGAAAUAUGGGUUGAACCCAAAACGAAGAAAAAUAUGUUGGCAUGUUUUCGCAUAAUGAGAUCAUUAUUCCAAGCCGAUCUUAAUGAUCGCAAUAGUCCUGACCAAGCUGGAAAUGGAAAGAAUUCACUUACUGAUACAAAACGCGAAUUAUCUUCUGUUGUAGCAAAUUCAGCUCAUCAAUUGGCUGCAGGAGUGGAAGGGGAUAAUACUGGACGUCAGUUAUCUAAUGUAAAAUUAAAAUUUCUGGAUGAUUCUCAGGUUAUUGCUUGUACAGCAUUGGAAUCCACUGUGGGACAGUUUAAAAGGCGUUACUUCUGGGAAUCAAUACUUGCUGGAAAAAUAGUACGGCUGAUUUAUCGCGGGCAGUUAUUACGAGAUGAUACACGAUCAUUAUUAAGCUAUGGUUUACAUGAUCAGUGCGUUGUACACUGUCAUGUCAGUUCUACACCUUAUGCGCAACUUUCUUCGUCAGUUUCAAACGCACCGAAUAACACUGUUUUAUCACACGAAUCUUCUGAUAUAAGCAAUGGGGCAGCUGCAGCAGCUAUUGCAGCUAUAGCUGGCUCGCAGUCGGUGUCAACCAAUGUAGGAGAAGAAUUAACUCGAACUAUUAUUCAAACAUUUCGAGGUCAUUCUAUAGAAGACAAUCAGAAUGAUUCAAUAUUAAUACGAGUGCGAAACGCUUUCUUGCGGAUUUCUCGUUAUGGUUAUAAUGCAGUAAUGGGCCCGGAUCCAGGGGUAACGGCUGUGAGAGGUGCAUCAUUGGAUGCGGCAGCUGAUGCAGCAGCAGAUAAUGGAUGGAAUCAAAAUGAGAAUGCAGUAGGAGGUCGUAUUGGCCAAUAUGUCCAAGUUAUUUUCAUUGGUAAGCUUAAUAGCUUUUGGAAAUUUUAA